AUGGUUACCUGUCUAGAGUCAACCUUGAUGGAAACUGUCUCUGAACUCCGAAAAUCUCUCUUUAUAUUAUCCAAAUCCAGUGCGCUAUACCUUAAUAUCGAGGAAUCAAAUCGCAGUCGCUAUAGAACCGUCUCAAUCAUCACUAUCCAUGUACAUCUACCAAAUCAAGCUCAACUCAUCGAUGGCGUACGCAACGAUACCAACGCCUUGUGGUUCCACUAUGGAGUGAGCCUUAUUGGCAUUACUGACCUCCAACUGCUCGAAAAUGCCUCGAGAUCAGACGACAAAACAUAUAUUCGCAGUCUCGAUAAGUCUGUUCAGAAUGAUUUAAAACUUGGAUUUAUGGAGACGAAAAGCUGUCUUAGUACAAAACAAGAUAUCGGGAAAAUCAUGUACACCGAAGUUUUUUCCUUACGCCCUUUGCAACACGAGACAAUAGAGUACUGUCAAAACGAUUCUGAGGAGAAGAAGUCAGGACCUUGGGGCUCGGGCGGUAGAAAGCGAAUCCUUACGAUUGAUCGAAUGUGCGAGAUGAUGGAAGGGGAGCGGGAACAGGCUACCGUAAGAGAUCUAUUUGGGUAUGACAAUGGUAUAGAACUCUUCGAUGAUGAUGAUGAUGAUGACGAUGAUGUAUCGGACCAAGAAGGCUCAUUCCAUUAG